AAAUUAGGCAGUUUUGGCAAUUUCGGGAUUGGAAUUGACGAUUGACAUUAGCGAGGAAAAAAGAAACGGGUGACUUGAGAGCGGAGAAUGCUAAACCCUUUUUUUGCCGCUAAUUGUGAAUAAUUCUGUUAUAAGUGGUAAUAGUAAUAUGAUAUUGAAUAAAGCGACUAAGCAGUAAGCUUUCAGAUUUAAUUAGUUUUGAUAUUCUUGGAGUGACGAAAUAAAGAACUAGAUAUCCAAUUGAUAAGCAUAAAAAUGGCAGCUUUACCAAGAAGGAUAAUUAAGGAAACUCAACGUUUAAUGCAAGAACCUGUACCUGGAAUUAGUGCUGUGCCUGAUGAUAGCAAUGCGCGUUACUUUCAUGUCAUUGUAACAGGCCCUGAAGACUCUCCCUUUGAAGGAGGGUUGUUUAAGCUUGAACUAUUCCUACCUGAAGACUACCCUAUGUCUGCCCCAAAAGUACGUUUUAUUACCAAAAUUUACCACCCAAAUAUCGACAGAUUAGGAAGAAUUUGCCUUGAUAUACUUAAAGAUAAAUGGUCACCAGCCCUGCAAAUACGUACAGUUCUUUUGUCUAUCCAAGCCUUAUUGAGUGCACCGAAUCCCGAUGACCCCUUAGCAAAUGAUGUGGCUGAACUUUGGAAAGUGAAUGAAUCUGAGGCUAUCAGAAAUGCUAAAGAAUGGACAAGAAGAUAUGCUAUGGACAAUUAAAUUAUGCUUGUUGAGCAGGCAUCAUAUUUUGAACUAAUAUCCUAGGUACAUUGUACAGGUAGCACAAAUUGGUUUGUGGCUGAUUUUGGUUGGUAAGUGAAGUGGGUACACUUAAACUUCCUAUGCUUUUCAAUAAAUUAUAUAUAUUAGACAUUUUAAUUGAGUUGUAUUUAGGAAGAUGGGUGCAAUCAUUCCACUAAGCUACUGAGGCAACAUAAUAACUUUUAAUAAUUGGUAGCAUCAGAAUAUGUUGAUACAUGAUUUCCCAUAUUGCUUUUUAUAAAAUCAUAAUUUAUAUAAAUUUUUAAGAUGUGUUAUUAAAUAUGUAUCCAUACCAGCCUUUAAUAGUGUCCUAUAUAUUUUUUAUUUCAGUCACUUCAAAUUUAGAUUUAAACUACACUUAAUUUUGUUAUAAUCUAGACUGCACAGCAGAUCUUUAACUCAUGAAAUAAUUGAUUAAUGCCAUAUAUAUUAAUAUAUAAUUUAUAUAUUAAUAUGUCUCUAUAUUGGCUAAGCUAAGUUUUAGAAGAGAUAUAAAGCAAUAAGUGCAGAUAGAUACCAUUUGUUAACUUGUUAUUGUGUUGUUAAUAAACCCAUUUUGUGCAACCUGCUUGAUUUGAAAACCAACACAUUCCAAAUCACCAAUUUAUUAAUGCUUAAAUAUGCAUAAGUCUCUUCAGCUGGUACUGAAGAUCUUUAUAAUUGUUUGUAUGUUAUUUUUUUUUAGUCAUUGUGGGAACUAAAAGUAUUAUAAUAGUAAAUAUUAAUGUGUCUAUACUUUCUUUAAGUGUUAACAUUUUUAAACAGUUAAUUUCUCUAUAUAGAUUCUUGAUAAAAAUAAUUAUUUUUGAUUAGAUAGACUGCAUCAAAUAGAAUAAUCCAGAAGAACUUCCAUAUAAAUGAAUAUUUUGUCAUGAAAUAUCUUCCAAGUAUUUUUCUUAAACUACCUGUUUUUAAAAGUGGCUCCACCAUACCAUCAAUGAAAAAAUUGGACAUAAUAAGUAUUUGAGUCAAGACUGUAUAGAUAUAUAUGAUUUUCAAUCUGAUAGAGUUGUAUCUUGACUUUAUAUCUUAUGACUUUAUAUAAUAUACUUUUGUGAUAUAAGUGUAAAAACAAUAGCUAAAAAAAAACUAUUGAUGAAAAAUUUGGUCGUUCACAUUUUUUUAAAGUUAAUCAAUUGUGUUUACUUAAAUUUAUAUUUGUACAAUAACAAAGACAAUAAUAUUGGGUCAUACCAUAUUAUUUAGUAUAAAUCAUCAUUUUACAAAAGUAACAAUGAAAUAACUUUAUUCCUGCUGCCAUUUGGGAUAAAAUAUACUAAGAAUGAAGUAUUGGUACAACUGUGAUACAUACCAUUAUUAUAUUUUUUUUUUGUUUAUACAUAAUGUGCUUUAAUAUUAGUUAAUAAUAAUACAAAAUUGCAUAUUCAUGUACAAAACAAAGGCAACAGAAUAAAAAGCUUUUGUUCCAUAUUUAAGCAUCAGUUAUAUUAAACAUCAUAAAUUUCUGCCACUAUUUGUAUACACUGAUAGGCAAAUUGUGUGAUUUGGAAUGUUGUUCAUUUUUCUAGUAAUUAACAUGAAUAUUCUAAAAAAAUCUGCCUAUAUUAUAAUUGUGAUCAAGUUUUUAUUCUUACAGAAAUAGCCUCAGUAUUUACUAGCCAAGUUAAAUGUAAUGUAUAUUUAUAUGUCAUCUUAAUAAUAAUUGUAAUAAUUACUGAUCGAGCCAUUGGCAGGGAUUUUUAACUAUUCAUAUUAGAAUUAUCAUGUUUUUUACAUAUUUUUUUUCUGUAAAGAACUGCAUUACAAAAUGUUAAAAUCUUAUAGUAACUAUAUAGUUUUAAUUUUAUUGUAAAAUUACUACACAAUUGUUUGUUUAUUAUUUAUUUUUAUUAUGAUUAGUUUAAAAUUAUUAUAUUGGUUGGGCUAAAAUUUGCUACAUAUAUGGAAAUAUUAAUUAAUUCGUGUAUAUGUUGAAAAUACUCUUGAAUGUGGUGUAUUUAUUUUUUAUAAAUCAAGGUAUGAAAACAUGCAUUUUCAAUAUGUUGCAAGCUAACUGGCCACAUACCAAACCAUGGAAAGAAAGGACAUAAUUUGUAGAUUUAUUUUAAAAUGUUUUAAGAUCAAAACUAGCAUACCUAAAUAGUAAAAAAUGAUAACCAAACUGCAUUGUCUAUGUUCUUGUCAACACAUUAAAGUAUUGUCAAUACUUGCUGCUAGUUUCAGCUUUAGUAUACAGGUUGUUUGAAAAAAAUUAUUUGGCAACCAAGGUGCAUUAUCAGCGAACUAUUUCAACUAUGUUUCUUGAUAGUACCCUGACCACUACCAAGCUGCACUGUUGCUAUUUGUAAGAUGUAUAUCCACAGGCAAUUCGUAUAUGUUAUGGCUAAAGAUUUGAUUUGGUUAUUGAUGUCAAGAUUAUCCAUACCACUAAAGGAUUAUUUUCGGUAGUGCAUUUGAAUUGAUUUUAGAAUAGAACUACAAUUGUAAUCCUGAAUAAGGCAUUCACAACAUACUUAUGGAGAUAAUAGCCAUAACAUACACAUUUAUAUAAAUAUAUAUGUUUUGUUCAGUGCUUGUCACAUAUUAUAUAUUAAAAGAGUGGAAUGUAGUUUGUUGUAAAUAAAGUUAUGUAAGGCUUUUUACAAAUAAAUUUCUUUCAGUAAGUA